AUGGCAGUUAGUUUGCAGGACUAUAGUACACUAGAAGUCCCCGAUCAAGAUGUCUUACACCGAGGCACUUCGCGUUCAGAACCGGAGAGCUCUGGAAGUUCCUUCGACGAUGAGAAAUUUAUCUUCUCUGGGGAUUCUGAGAAGCAAGUUGGAGCACAACCUGGGAACCUCGACACACCAGAGAGUGAAGGCCUGCAACCCAGACAAUUAAUCGAUGAUGGCGAAGGGUCUCUGAAUACCUCAAAUCAAAGGGUUCGAAGAAAAUGGCUUGCUGGUGGACUCGCCAUCUGCUUAAUGAUGGUGGUAGUAACAAUUGUUGGAGCUGUUCUUGGCUUAAGAAGCAAAUCAAACAGCACAUCUGAGGGUCAUACUCCCACAAUCAAAUCGAACGAUUCAAUCGAUGUCGCUCAAGCGGCGCCGAACUCGACGAUAGAAUCAUCGUCUCCUCGGAGAAUUGCAGCGCUCUCAUUCUGUUCGCAGAGGGAUACCUCCGAUGGCGUGCAGUGGACCAACCAAACCAGGGUUUAUUAUCAAGACAAGAAAGGAGAAUUGAUCGAAGGCUCAGUAUCAUCUGUUAACAGCACAUGGGGAGCGAGACACCUUGGAAUUUUCCCAAGGAAUGGGUCUGCAAUAGCAGCAGCGGUCGCACGCCCGUCCAAUAAACGAAUGAUCAGCUUACUGUACCUCGACGAAGACUUCAUACUCCACGACCAUAUCUUCACUGGAGCCAUUCCUGGAGCAGGUAUGGUAGGCAAUUGGGCUCCCGGAAAGCUUGUAGAUGAGAAGCUCAAAGUAUUACCGAGUUCUGGACUCGCUGUUCUGUACGCACAAUGCGAAAAUUGCUCCAACACAACCAUAAUCGCAUUCCAAGACAAGAACGGGUUCAUUCAGACUGGAAACAGUUCUCUGGACGGAACGUGGAGUCUGAAUCAGCUUAAUAAUCUCGAACCUUAUGAAGGAACGGAUCUGACGCUUAUCCCUCGGCCUUGGCCGCAAGGUCUAAUGGAAAUCGAUUUGUUUUACCAGAAGAAAACUCUGAAUAUUUCGUAUGCGUCUUGGAAACCCGCGCGAGACAACAAGACAGCAUGGUGGAACCCAAGUGAUCAAACAUACGUACGCCAUUCUGAGAUACCGGGCACACCUCUUUCAGCAUCUUCAUCUGAUCACAGUACGACAACAGGUCUCGUACGAUGGAUCCAGAUGCUUUGGCCCAGUCCGAAAGGGCUAAUUGUCUCUUCUUGGUCUGGUAACACAGGCAACUGGAUAGGGCGCUACGCGAAUCCUUCAGUAAUGUCUAAUUCAACAUUCAAUCCAGUUGAAUAUGGCGCAGUAGCAGCGACAGCUAACGGGGAAGUAUUUUCGGUAAUCAAGGAAGGCGCAAAGGAGAAACUGAGGGGCUGGAAAAUGGCGGAUGACACUCUAAAUUGGGAGGAUAUGGGAGAUGUUGAUUUGUACGGGGCGUGGGAUUCUGGAUUAUCGAGUCGAGAUUGA